AUGCCUCCACGCGUGCGGAUUACGUCGCUGCAGCGCCAAUCCUUGCGAUGCACCAGAGAACUUCGAAUCGCGUCUCGUAGCGCCAGCACCGCUGCUGCGCCGGCCGUCACACCCGCGCCAUCUAUUGAGCAAAUGACACGCUCUAAGGCACCCAUUGCAAAGACGCCUCCUACUCAGUUGCCAUCUCACCGUAAUCCUGAAUAUCGCCGCUCACAACUCCUGCGCCAAUACACGUCUCUCAUUCGUACAUCUCCCUUGAUGGUCAUCUUUCAACACAACAACUUGAAAUCUAUGGAAUGGGCCUCGAUUCGACGAGAGUUGACCAAGGCUCUGCAAAAGGUGGAUGAGAAGAUUGCCUCAGAAGGGCGGUCAGCUCCCGCUUUGGCGCCGUAUAUCAAGCUGCAAACCAUCCAGACUAGCAUCUUCGAGGUCGCCAUCCGCAUCGUCGAGUACUUCCGGCCCAACCAGGCCGCCCAGGCUGCCGGACAGCCUCCGAGUGCCGUCGACCCUAUCACACAAACCUCGGCUGAGUUACCGGCCAUUUCUGGCUCCAGGGAUGACCCGGCACUGACGCACGACCUGUCUCGUGCCGCCUAUGCCGCUGUGAGGAAUCUGAAGGGACGCCACGAGCUUGGCGACAUCCUUGUCGGCCCCAUCGCUGUCCUCUCCAUUCCUGCCGUCUCUCCCGAACACAUGAAGGCUGCGCUGUCAAUUCUCACCCCCAAAGAGUCCGGAUUUGCGGCACCUACGCGUAAGGGUAACCCGGACUACCAUGACCCGAUCGUCCAGACCGGCCUGCAGAAGCUCAACCUGCUGGCUGCACGUGUCGAUGGAAAGGUCUUCGAUAUCAACGAGACCAAGUGGGUCGGCAGCAUCGAGGGUGGUAUGGAUGGCCUGCGCGCGCAGCUUGUCAUGGCUCUGCAGAGCAUGGGAUCCAGCGUCACGAGCACUUUGGAGGGUGCUGGAAAGAGCCUCUACCUCACCCUGGAGAGUCGACGAAGCGUUUUGGAGGAGGAGCAGAAGCCCGCGGAAGAAAAGACUGAGUCGUCUUAG